AUGAGAUCGCAGCAUUCCCAUCACCCCGGAUCGAUCCCCUCGGCAUGUAAAGCCUCGACCCGGUCCUCUCGAAUCCAUCCACCUCUCGAGCUCCUUCUCGAAAUCUCAAAGCGACCACAGCGCGCAAGUCGCAGCUUCAGUUUCAGUUUCAGAGCUCCGCUUCAGUUAGCCACCAUGCCUGCCCUCGCCAAGCCCGCUGCCCACCCCGCCAAGCCCGCCGCCGCGGCGCCGAAGCCGAAGCCAGCCGCCGCCAAGCCCAAGGCGGCCGCCGCUGGAGCCGCCCACCCGACCUACUUCGAGAUGAUCAAGGAGGCGAUCGCGGCGCUCAAGGACAGGACCGGGUCCAGCUCGGUUGCCAUCGCCAAGUACAUCGAGGAGAAGCACGGCAAGGCUCUCCCGGCCAACUUCAAGAAGAUGCUCUCCGUCCAGCUACGCGCCUCCGCCGCCAAGGGCAAGCUCGUCAAGGUCAAGGCCUCCUACAAGCUCUCCGACGCCGCCAAGAAGGACGCGCCCAAGCCCAAAGCCGCGGCGAAGCCCUCCAAGGACGCCGCCAAGCCCAAGAAGAAGGCGGCCGAGAAGCCCAAGAAGACCGCCGCCGCUGGCACCAAGCGCAAGGCGCCCGAGAAGAAAAAGCUGGUCACCAAGGCCAAGAAGUCGCCCGCUGCCAAGGCCAAGGCGAAGCCGAAGACCGUCCGCUCCCCGGCCGCCAAGAAGGCCCGCAAGGUCGCCGCCGCUUGA